UUUUUAAUUUUUUUUAACAUUUAUUUUCUGAAAGAGCAUGAGCGGGGGAGGGGGCAGGGAGAGCGAGCGAGACACAGCAUCCAAAGCAGACUCCAGGCUCUGAGUUGUCAGCACAGAGUCCAAUGUGUGGAAUCUACGAAUGCGAGAUCAUGACCUGAGCAAAGUCAGACGCUUAACCGACUGAGCCACCCAGGAGGCCCUUAAUUUUUUUUUUAGUAUUUAUUUUUGGGAGAUAGAGCACGAGCAGGGGAGGGGCAGAGAGAGAGAGAGAGAGAGAGAGAGAGAGAAUAUCUGGUGCAGGCUCCAGGCUCCGAGCUGUCAGCACAGAGCCAAAGUGGGGCUUGAACUCAUGAACCACAAGAUCAUGCCCUGAGCCAAAGUCGGAUGGAUGCCUAGCCAACUGAGCCACCCACGCGCCCCUAUUUUUUUUUUUUAAUGUUAAUUUAUUUUUGAAAGAGACAGAGUGUAAGCAGGGGAGGGGCAGAGCAAAGAGGAGAUGCAGAAAUCCAAGCAGAUCCCAGGCUCACAGUUGUCAGCACAGAGCCCACAGAGCCCAAUGCAGGGCUUGAACUCAGGGACUGUGAGAUCAUAACCUGAGCCAAAGUCCCACGUUUUACCAAUUGGGUCCCCCAGGCGCCCCAAAGAAGUAACUUUUUUUAACCUGGAACCGGGAUACAGAAAUAUUGAAAGAUGAAAACAGGAUGACGAGAAAGAGAAGAGACGUGAAGUGGCAGGAGUUAGUAGGAUUUUGACAACACUUGAGUCUGCAGCGGUAUUCAAUACACUGUCCUGUCAUUCUCAAGAGUACUCAAUAGGUACUCUGUUCUGACAUUCAAACACAUCCUGGUAUUUAAGUUCUUACAAAAACUCUAAACCUGUCUAUAUCUAUGUAUUACUUGAGGUGCAUGAAGUAUCUUUUAUCCCUAGAAUAAUGUUUUCUUAUCUUACAGUCAGGAAAACUGGGACUCAUACAUAACUUGUUCACAGGCAUCUAUAGUGAGUCGCAGAGCCAGGAACUCAAUCUAGGCAUUCUCACCCCAAAACACAUUAUCCUUUGGCCUUAUUGCUGACUGUUCCUGAACUGGAGCCCAAAGGGCAGCCAAGAGGUUUUCAUCAAACGUGCUUCGUACUUGGAAGUUUUUUUUUUUUUUCUUUUGUGCCUUUCCUUAUAUUCGCUUCUCUGCCAGACCUCUACCCAGACCCAACCCCAGGUUUUCCUAAUCUUUCAAGAUCCUUUUCAAGUACAAUUCCUUUAUGAAAUAUUAUCCAGCAGCAAAGAGAACCGUCUCUCUCCCCCUCUCCUUCAAAAGACUUCCUAUGGUUUCUAGCUAGUAUAUUACCACCCUACAGACCUUUUAUUUAUCUUCCGUAGGCCGUCACUCAGCUCCGCCUCGUGGGACCAGGGUGCUGCUUCGCCGGCAGCGGUAGCCCCGGAACCGCGGACUGCUUUGAACCCAAACUGUUUGGUGAACCCGUUCUGAACCCACUUCCGUGGUCCGACACUAGUUCCUUCAGACCGGUUUCAGGUAAGGUGCAUCGACUGUAUCCAGGCAAAUUCCUAUAAGAUCUCGGUCUCCGAUGCUGACUCACGGACGAGUGCGCUUCCGACUCCGAAACGCUAAGCAACUACCAGCUUCCUCCUCCGCUUGUCCACCUCAGAGAUCCUCUUCCGGGGUAGAAGUCGGCCCGCCCAGCUCCGUGUCUCGUUCAAGAUGGCGAGCGGCGGCGGCGGCGGCGGGGUUUCGGUGCCUGCCCUCUGGAGUGAAGUGAACCGUUAUGGCCAGAACGGUGACUUCACGCGCGCUCUUAAGACCGUCAACAAGAUACUGCAGAUCAACAAGGAUGAUGUAACUGCUCUACACUGUAAAGUGGUAUGCCUUAUUCAAAAUGGAAGUUUCAAGGAAGCCUUGAAUGUCAUCAACACUCACACUAAAGUGUUAGCCAAUAAUUCUCUUUCCUUUGAGAAGGCAUAUUGUGAGUACAGGCUGAACAGAAUUGAGAAUGCCUUGAAGACCAUAGAAAGUGCCAAUCAGCAGACAGACAAACUAAAGGAGCUUUAUGGACAAGUGCUAUACCGGUUAGAACGCUAUGAUGAAUGCUUAGCAGUGUAUAGAGAUCUUGUCCGAAACUCCCAAGAUGAUUAUGAUGAGGAGAGAAAAACAAACCUUUCAGCAGUUGUUGCAGCACAAAGCAAUUGGGAAAAAGUGGUUCCAGAGAACUUGGGUCUCCAAGAAGGCACACAUGAACUAUGCUACAAUGCUGCAUGUGCACUGAUAGGACAAGGCCAUCUGAGCCAGGCAAUGAAAAUCCUACAAAAAGCUGAAGAUCUUUGCCGCCGUUCAUUAUCAGAAGAUUCUGAUGGGACUGAGGAAGACCCACAGGCAGAACUGGCCAUCAUUCAUGGGCAGAUGGCCUAUAUUCUGCAGCUUCAGGGUCGUACAGAGGAGGCAUUGCAACUUUACAAUCAGAUAAUAAAACUAAAGCCGACAGAUGUGGGAUUGCUGGCUGUGAUUGCAAAUAAUAUCAUUACUAUUAACAAGGACCAAAAUGUCUUUGACUCUAAGAAGAAGGUGAAAUUAACCAAUGCAGAAGGAGUAGAGUUUAAGCUUUCCAAGAAACAGCUGCAAGCUAUAGAAUUUAACAAAGCUUUGCUUGCUAUGUACACAAACCAGGCAGAACAGUGCCGCAAAAUAUCUGCCAGUUUACAGUCCCAAAGUCCUGAGCAUCUCCUGCCUGUAUUAAUCCAAGCUGCCCAGCUCUGCCGGGAAAAGCAGCAUGUAAAAGCAAUAGAGCUGCUUCAGGAAUUCUCAGAUCAGCAUCCAGAAAAUGCAGCGGAAAUUAAGCUGACCAUGGCACAACUGAAAAUUUCCCAAGGUAAUAUAUCCAAAGCAUGUCUAAUAUUGAGAAGCAUAGAAGAGUUAAAACAUAAACCAGGCAUGGUGUCUGCAUUAGUGACUAUGUACAGCCAUGAGGAAGAUAUUGAUAGUGCCAUUGAGGUCUUCACGCAAGCUAUCCAGUGGUAUCAAAACCAUCAGCCCAAAUCUUCUGCUCAUUUGUCCUUGAUAAGAGAAGCUGCAAACUUCAAACUCAAAUAUGGGCGGAAAAAGGAGGCAAUUAGUGACCUAGAACAGCUAUGGAAACAAAAUCCAAAAGAUAUUCACACCCUGGCGCAGCUUAUUUCUGCUUACUCACUUGUAGAUCCUGAGAAGGCAAAAGCUCUUAGUAAACACCUGCCCUCGUCAGAUAGUAUGUCUCUGAAAGUAGAUGUCGAGGCUCUUGAAAAUUCUCCUGGUGCUACUUACAUUCGGAAAAAGGGUGGAAAAGUUGCUGGAGAUAGUCAACCAAAGGAACAAGGACAAGGAGAUUUGAAAAAGAAGAAGAAAAAAAAGAAAGGAAAAUUGCCUAAGAAUUAUGACCCAAAGGUGACCCCAGAUCCAGAAAGAUGGCUACCAAUGCGAGAACGUUCUUACUACCGGGGAAGAAAGAAGGGUAAGAAGAAGGAUCAGAUUGGAAAAGGGACCCAGGGAGCAACGGCAGGAGCUUCAUCUGAACUGGAUGCCAGUAAGACUGUGAGCAGCCCACCCACCUCCCCACGACCUGGCAGUGCAGCAACAUCGGCUGCAUCUACAAGUAAUAUCAUACCCCCAAGACACCAGAAACCUGCAGGGGCUCCAGCAACAAAAAAGAAACAGCAACAGAAAAAGAAGAAAGGUGGAAAAGGUGGCUGGUGAUUGGAACAUUCUUGUUUCCAGGCUAUUUUUAGUCUCACUGACACUAGGAACAUAAUAAAGGUAACACAGCAAGAAACACAGAGUUCCUCCCUCACCCAUCCCCCACAUUUUCAUAAAAUUAAUUUCUCAUGCAUCAAAGAGGAAAACAUCUUCCUCAGACUCUGCCUAGUCAGACUUAGCCUACUUGUACUACCUAGCUUUGCACAGAUGAUAAGCCCUCAAAAUAAUGGGGCAUUUUCCCACCUUGAUCUCUGUUGCAUCCUUUCUCUUUGUGUGCUGAUCUGGUGUUUUUUCAGUUUCACAAACAAGGCAUGUUAUCCAAAGUUUCCUAGGAUUUAAACAGAAACUACUUCUGUUUCAACUAGAGUCUGAAGAUACUUGUUCCUACCAAAGCCCAUUUUAAAUUAUGUCUUAGGAGGCCUUAGGAGACUGAAAGUGGAAUCUUCUUAGCAUUCCAAAUAAAUAACUGCUUAGAAAUAUCAUGUGAUAAAAAGGGACCUUAUUAAUACACUGGUGUUCUUCACUUCAUUACAUAAGUGGCCACAGGAAAACUAAAGUAAAUGUCAUGAUUAAUUCUAAGUAUAAAUUCUCUGUUACGUGAUACUGGAAUAUGGGAUACUACAUAUACUAUAUAUGUUAUAUAUAUAUAUAUAUAUAUAUAUAUAUAUAUAUAUAUAUAUAUAUAUAGUAAUGAAAAGUGUGUGGGUGUGUAUAUGUACAUAUAUAUACACAAGUACACACAUAUAUAUAAAUUAAGACUUCUUUGCACCCCAGUAUUGUUUUCAGAUUAUGAUAACAUUAUGCUGAUUUAUCACCAUUAAAGAACUCAAGCAAAUGUA